CGGCCAAAUACGAAAAGUGUUCUAUUUUGGUCCCUCGUGUUGACGUUUUUCGUCGGACGGUACCGCGGUCAAGUUGACGUUGACGUCGUUGACAUUGAACUAGUCAUACCCUGUCAAAAAGGCGUGAUGGGACUGCACCGGUGAAUUCGUCCGUAGACAACAUAAUCGAGCGACUAAGGCGGCGCAAAGUCAACCUUUCCGGCCGGAGAAUCCUUUGGUCCCUCUGGACUCAUGUCACUUUUUUCUCGAAUCUUCGGCCCUAACAAGCAAGAAGAAGAAGAGAAAGAGCUCGCAGAGGCGCCGCAACCGAUUCAAGAGGCGCCUUCAGAACCUGAAGGAGCGGAGAUGGCGGAGAAGGAAAACAGUGAGGUUCGCGCCAACUUUUUUGUUGGCGGCGACGAGGAGACCAAGGACGAGGAGGAGGACCUUCAGGAGUUGGCCGAGCUGCAGCGGCAGGACUCGUUCAUCGACUCGAUCACUUACGGCAACACAUUCAGCACCAAUGAACGCAGGAAGAGACUCAGGCCCAGCAUGUCCCAAGGGACAGUGCUCAAGGCGAAAAUGCUGGAAAAGGACUUCAUCGUGGCCACUCCGGAGGAGUUUGUCAAAAAAUUCGGCGGCACCAGAGUCAUCAAUAAGGUUUUGAUCGCCAACAAUGGAAUCGGCGCUGUCAAGUGCAUGCGGUCCAUCAGACGAUGGUCUUAUGAAAUGUUCAGGCACGAGAGAGCCAUCAGGUUUGUCGUCAUGGUCACCCCAGAAGAUCUUAAAGCUAAUGCUGAGUACAUAAAGAUGGCAGAUCACUAUGUUGCCGUACCUGGAGGCACAAACAACAAUAACUACGCUAACGUAGAAUUAAUUCUCGACAUUGCUCUCCGCUCGCAAGUCCAGGCUGUUUGGGCUGGAUGGGGUCACGCUUCGGAGAACCCGAAACUGCCUGAGCUGCUCCACAAGAACAACAUUGCAUUUAUCGGCCCGCCUGAGAAAGCCAUGUGGGCCCUGGGCGAUAAAAUUGCUUCAAGCAUUGUGGCGCAAACUGCAGAGAUUCCAACACUGCCGUGGUCUGGUUCAGAACUCAGAGCGCAGUAUAGUGGGAAGAAAAUCAAGAUUUCCACCGAGCUGUACAAAAAAGGUUGUGUUACGAGUGCCGAAGAGGGUCUGACCGCUGCUCAUAAAAUUGGGUUCCCCGUCAUGAUCAAAGCCAGCGAGGGCGGCGGCGGCAAAGGAAUCAGGAAAGUCGAUUGUCCGGAAGAAUUCCCAAGUCUCUUCCGACAGGUGCAACAGGAAGUCCCUGGCUCUCCGAUUUUUGUGAUGAAGCUGGCGAAAUGCGCUCGCCACUUGGAAGUGCAGCUGCUGGCUGAUCAGUACGGAAACGCCAUUUCUCUCUUCGGACGAGACUGCUCUAUUCAAAGACGGCACCAGAAAAUCAUUGAAGAGGCGCCCUGCGUGAUUGCCCUUCCAGAAGUAUUUGAGCAAAUGGAAAAAGCUGCCGUUCGUCUGGCAAAAAUGGUCGGCUAUGUCAGCGCUGGCACUGUUGAGUACCUCUACGACACCGAUGGCAACUUUUUCUUCCUCGAGUUGAAUCCGAGGCUUCAGGUGGAACAUCCCUGCACAGAAAUGGUUGCCGACGUCAACUUGCCUGCAGCUCAGCUACAGGUUGCUAUGGGCCUGCCACUGUUUCGUAUAAAAGACAUCAGGCUGCUGUACAAUGAGGCACCUUGGGGCGAUUCGGAGAUCGAUUUUGACACUCCAAGGCACAAACCUCAGCCUUGUGGUCAUGUUAUUGCUGCUCGUAUCACAAGUGAAAAUCCCGAUGAAGGCUUCAAGCCAAGCUCGGGAACUGUUCAAGAGCUCAAUUUUCGAUCGUCCAAAAAUGUUUGGGGCUACUUCAGUGUGGCAGCUGCUGGAGGACUGCACGAGUUUGCAGACUCCCAAUUUGGUCAUUGUUUCUCCUGGGGCGAAGACCGAGAACAGGCCAGAGAAAAUCUUGUGAUUGCUUUGAAGGAGUUGUCGAUCAGAGGUGAUUUCCGAACAACUGUUGAGUAUCUGAUUACUCUGCUUGAAACUGAAAGUUUCCAAUCGAAUGUGAUCAACACCCAGUGGCUGGAUAGGCUCAUUGCGGAGCGGGUGCAGGCUGAGAAGCCUGAUAUUCUCCUUGGCGUCAUUUGUGGUGCUCUCCAAAUUGCAGAUAAAAACAUCGAAUCCUCUUUCCAAAAUUUCAAGACUUCCCUUGAAAAGGGACAGAUUCAAGGAUGCAACACUCUCGAGAAUAGCAUGACUGUAGAACUGAUCAACGAAGGGUUCAAAUACAUAGUUCAGGUCACCCGUUCUGGACCAGAGUCAUAUUUCCUCAUCAUGAACGGCUCGUCCAAAGAAAUCGACUACCAUAGAAUGUCUGAUGGAGGAUUGCUCUUGUCUAUUGAUGGCGCAAGCUUCACCACCUACAUGAAAGAGGAAGUUGAUCGUUGGCGCAUCGUCAUUGGCAAUCAAACGUGCGUGUUUGAGAAAGAAAACGACCCUUCGCUUCUGCGUUCUCCAUCAGCUGGUAAGCUGAUUGGCUGGCUUUUGGAUGACGGAGGCCACGUGCAGCGAGGCCAAGCUUAUGCUGAAAUUGAAGUCAUGAAAAUGGUGAUGACCCUGUCUGCUCCCGAGAGUGGCAACGUCUUUCAACAGAAGCGCCCAGGCGCCGUUCUCGAUGCUGGCACUCUUGUUGCCAGACUCGAGCUCGAUGACCCCAGUCUUGUCACGCGAGCUCAAAAAUACGAGGGACCGUUUGUGGACGGCCUAAGUGGAGUGACCUACAGUGAGAAACUCAACUACAUCCACAACAGCUUCAGACAAAAAUUGGAGAACACCCUCGCUGGAUACUGCUUGCCUGACCCUUAUCACGUGCCUCGCUGCAAGGAGGUCAUUGAAAAGUUCAUGAGCUCACUCAGGGACCCCAGCCUUCCUCUCCUCGAACUUCAGGAAGUAAUUUCUUCAAUUUCCGGCCGCAUCCCUCCGUCGGUUGAGAAGAAAAUCCGCAAACUCAUGUCUCAAUACCAGAGCAACAUCACCUCUGUUCUUGCUCAAUUUCCCAGCCAGCAAAUUGCUGCUGUCAUUGAUUCGCAUGCGGCCACUCUUCAAAAGAGGUCCGACCGUGACGUCUUCUUCCUCACCACUCAGGGCAUUGUUCAGCUGGUGCAGCGAUACCGAAACGGCAUCCGAGGCCGCAUGAAGACCACCGUUCAUGAAUUGCUCAAGCAGUACUACGAAGUGGAAAGCCAAUUCCAACUCGGUCACUAUGACAAGUGUGUUUCCGCAAUUAGAGAGAACCACAAGGAUGACAUGACAUUAGUUACAAGCGCAAUCUUCUCUCACACUCAGGUGGCAAAAAAGAAUGUCCUGGUCACCAUGCUGAUCGACCACCUCUGGGCCAACGAACCCGGUCUCACUGACGAACUUGCAUCGACCCUCAGUGAAUUGACCUCCCUUAACCGUUCAGAGCACUCAAGGGUGGCUUUGAGAGCGAGACAAGUUCUGAUUGCUGCCCACCAACCUGCAUACGAACUCCGUCACAACCAGAUGGAGUCUAUUUUCUUGUCUGCAAUCGACAUGUACGGCCACGAGUUUCAUCCUGAGAACUUGCAAAAGCUGAUUUUGUCAGAAACGUCGAUCUUUGACAUUCUCCAUGACUUUUUCUAUCACACAAAUAAGGCUGUCUGCAUGGCUGCUUUGGAGGUGUACCUGAGGAGAGCUUACAUUUCAUACGAUCUGACUAGACUGGAACAUUUGGAGCUCUCUGGUGAAAUUUGCUGCAUCCACUUCCAGUUCCUGCUGCCCUCUUCUCACCCCAACCGAAUUCCCCACAACCGGGUCGGAGGACUUGACGAGGUCUCCGAUGUUGCUCUGGAUUUUGAAAAUUGCCAGAGAACUGGAGUCAUGGCAGCUUUCAAGACUUACGAAGAGUUUGAAAAAUACUCCGACGAGCUGCUCGACGUUCUUGAUGACAUGGCAAGCGGCCGUUGUUGCUCCCCCGGAGACAUGGAAGCCGUUGAGGGCAGCGAAGGUCGUCUCUCGACCUCUAUCAACAUCAGCACUUCUCACGGUGAACACGCCGUUGAGCAAAUCAAUAAGAGAGUGGAGCCGAUCUACAUUCUGAAUGUAGCCGUGAAGCAAACCUCGAAAGAUUUGGACGACAACACAAUGGCCCGAAAACUGGCUGCAUUUUGCGCAAAUCACGCUGAAGAGCUGGCGGAGAGAAGCAUCAGGAGAGUAACAUUCUUGGUGUUGGACAGGCAAAAGUUCCCCAAGUUCUUCACAUUCAGACACCGCGAUGGCUACAGGGAGGACAGGAUUUACAGGCAUCUCGAACCGGCCCUUGCUUUCCAGUUGGAGUUGAACAGAAUGAAAAAUUACAACUUGGAAGCUCUGCCCACGGCCAACCAGAAAAUGCACUUGUACCUGGGCAAGGCAAAGGUUGCCGAAGGACUCGAAGUGACGGAUUAUCGUUUCUUCAUCCGUUCCAUUAUACGUCAUUCUGACCUCAUCACAAAGGAGGCGUCCUUCGAGUACCUGCAAAAUGAAGGAGAAAGAGUUCUUCUGGAAGCUAUGGACGAACUGGAAGUUGCAUUCUCCCAUCCGGACAGCAGGCGCACAGACUGCAACCACAUUUUCCUCAACUUUGUCCCAUCUGUCAUCAUGGACCCAAUCAAGAUUGAAGAGUGCGUCACAAGCAUGGUGCUGAGAUAUGGCCCUCGUCUGUGGAAACUUCGAGUGCUGCAAGCCGAGCUGAGAAUGACCAUCAGGACGUCACCAGGAGGCAAGUUGACUAACAUUAGGUUGUGUCUUGCCAAUGACUCUGGCUACUACCUGGACAUAAACUUGUACAAGGAGAUCACUGAUCCAAAAUCAGGCGUGAUUAAAUUUGAGUCAUAUGGCUCCCGUCAAGGAGUUCUGCACGGACUGCCCAUUUCCACACCCUAUGUCACCAAGGACUACCUGCAGCAAAAGAGAUUCCAAGCCCAAGUCGCCGGAACCACCUAUGUUUACGACUAUCCUGAUAUGUUCAGGCAGAUGACUGAAAAAAUGUGGAAGGACUUCAUUGAAGGUCGGCCAGGAGAGGAUUUGCAAAUCCCGUCCCAAGUUAUCGACUGUGUAGAGUUAGUGCUUGAAGCUGACGGAGUUCUCGUUGAACAGAAACGAUUGCCUGGAGAAAAUAAUGCGGGAAUGGUGGCUUGGAGGAUCACCCUGUACACACCCGAGUAUCCAACAGGACGAGACAUAAUUGUGAUCUCCAACGAUAUAACAUUCAGAGUUGGCUCCUUCGGGCCGGAUGAGGAUCUCGUCUUUUUGAAAGCAUCUGAAUUGGCAAGAAAGCUAAAAAUUCCUCGAAUCUAUUUGUCCGCAAACAGUGGAGCCAGAAUUGGUCUUGCUGAUGAGUUGAAACCCCUGUUCAAAGUUGCAUGGGAGGAUCCUGAUGAGCCCGACAAGGGCUUUAAAUACCUUUACUUGACUCCUGAAGACUUCAAGAAAGUGUCCGCGAUGAACUCUGUUCACGCAAUCUUGAUUGACGACGAAGGGGAGGCUAGGUACAAAAUCACCGACAUUAUCGGCAAGGAAGACGGUCUCGGAGUUGAAAAUCUUCGUUAUGCGGGUAUGAUUGCUGGAGAAACUUCUCAGGCUUACCAAGAUAUCGUAACCAUCUCCAUGGUGAGUUGCCGCGCAAUUGGCAUCGGGUCUUACCUUGUUCGUCUCGGCCAACGUGUCAUCCAGCUUGAAAAUUCCCACAUCAUCCUCACCGGCUAUGCAGCUCUCAACAAGCUUCUCGGAAGAGAGGUUUACGCAUCCAACAAUCAAUUGGGUGGCAUCCAGAUCAUGUACAACAAUGGUGUGUCUCACACGACUGCCAAAGGGGACCUCGAAGGUGUUUACACGAUACUCCAGUGGCUCUCUUACAUUCCAGAACGCAAAGGUGCUCCCUUACCCAUAAUCACCCCUGUCGAUCCCACCGAACGUGACAUAACUUACAUGCCCACCAAAGCACCGUAUGACCCGAGAUGGAUGUUGGCUGGCCGCCCUAGUCCCACAAACCCUAACGCCUGGGAAUCUGGCUUCUUUGACGUCGGAUCUUUCCAAGAAAUUUUGCAACCGUGGGCGCAGACUGUGGUUUGUGGAAGGGCUCGAUUGGGCGGCAUUCCCGUCGGAGUCAUUGCUGUCGAAACAAGAACUGUUGAGCUAAAAUUGCCCGCCGACCCUGCAAAUCUAGAUUCAGAAGCAAAGACUGUCUCGCAAGCCGGCCAAGUCUGGUUCCCUGAUUCGGCAUACAAAACCGCACAGGCCAUUCAAGAUUUCAGCCGAGAGGGUUUGCCUCUCUUCAUUUUUGCCAACUGGCGUGGCUUCUCAGGCGGCAUGAAGGACAUGUACGAGCAGGUGGUCAAAUUUGGCGCUUACAUCGUGGACGGCCUUCGUCAGUACAAACAACCCAUCAUCGUCUACAUUCCGCCCAACGGUGAACUUCGCGGAGGCGCUUGGGCCGUCGUCGAUCCAUCCAUCAAUCCGCGCCACAUGGAAAUGUACGCCGACCCCGAAAGCAGAGGUGGAGUCCUGGAGCCGGAGGGCAUCGUCGAGAUCAGGUUCAGGGAAAAGGACCUUCUGAAGGUCAUGCGCCGCAUCGACCAAACCUUGGUCAAUCUGAUAGAGCAGCAAGGUCUGUCGAGCGACCCCUCGAUCGCAGCCAAGAUCUCCGAGCGCGAAAAGUUCUUGCUGCCCAUGUACCACCAGGUGGCCGUCCACUUUGCCGACCUCCACGACCUGCCCGAGCGGAUGCUCGAGAAGGGCGUCAUUCAGGACAUUGUCCCUUGGAGGUCUUCGAGGAAGAUUCUGUACUGGAGGCUGAGACGUCUGCUCUUGGAGGAGCAAGUCAAAACUCAACUCGAAGCUAUCCAACCGGAACUCGGCCCUGGACAGACUGAGGCUAUGCUGAGGAGAUGGUUCGUCGAGGACAGAGGCCAGUCUCAGGUUCAUUUGUGGGAUUCGAACGAGGAAAUCGUCAAAUGGCUCUUGAAGCAGCUGGAUGAGAGAUCUCGCAGCUCAUCCAUCGUCCAAGAAAAUAUUCGUUGUGUUCACAGAGACGCUGUCGUUCGCAAAGUAACUGCAGCUCUGAUUGAGUGCCCGGAAGUUGCUCUCGACGCCAUGGUCCAAAUUGCACAAAGAUUGAGUCCGCACCAAAUCGCAGAAGCCCUGCGCACCCUUGCACAUCUGAACCCUGAGCUGGCUCCGGGCACCGCUCCUUCGACACAGCAGACGGCACCAACUGAGGGGGAAGAUAAAUGAUUUUAAAUUUUUUAGGGGCUCUUUUAUUGUUUCAUUAACCACAUCAAAACGUAUCUGAACCAUCUUGGGCCAUCUGAGUGAAUGAGAAUAAAUUAUAAAUUUGGUAGACUUUUUUUAGCCAUGACUGUUGGGUUUCGUUGAGGGAUUAGGAAUUUUUGUUUCCCGAUCUUCAAACAUUUUGUAUAUGUGAUAUAUUUUAACUGUCAGGACCAAUGCACUACUUCUCGAUAAGGAGAAAAAUUAGCACCACGUUGAUUUUAGUCUCGUAAACUAUUGUUGAUUUUUGUUGUGGGUCGCAAGAGAUCUAUUUUAUGCCAUUUUUUAUGCUCAUAAUUGCCUAUUUUGUUUAGGAAUGUGUGUUACGUUAAUAAAGAUCAAUUUUUCCAGCAAA